UUCACCUCUGACCUCACGAGACGAAGGAAGGAAAAGUUGGCCGAGUUCCAGUUUACGUAAAGAGAAAAACCGUCAUAAGAAGCAGAUUGAACAUGGCAAAACACGGGUAUCCCACCGGAGUUGAUCAGAACUGCUGUGAUGGGUCUCCCACCGGGGUUUCCCAGGGCGACUGUGACAGCAAAACAAUCAGCGUUAAAGACCAAGCAGCAGCACAACAAGUCAACUUGAAUAGCGCCCGUAAGAAACCCUACAUGUGUGGGGAGUGUGGAUUCAGUGCGGCUUGGAGGUCUCACUUAUCCCGACAUAUGAAAACCCAUACAGGAGAAAAGCCCUACAAGUGUGAGGAGUGCAGAUACAGGGCAAACUGCAAGUCUCACUUAUACCGGCACAUGAGAACCCAUACUGGAGAAAAACCCUACAAGUGUGGGGAGUGUGAGUACACUACAGCUGACAAAUCUACCUUGUCCAGACAUAUAAGAACCCAUACAGGAGAAAAACCCUACAAGUGUGACCAGUGUGACUAUUCUGCUGCACACAGAGGUAACUUGGCAAUGCAUCGUCGUGCAAAACACACCGGUGAGAAACCCUACAUGUGUGGGGAGUGUGGGCAUAGGACAGCUUACAAAAAUGCCUUAUCCCUGCAUAUGAGAACACAUACAGGAGAAAAACCCUACAAGUGUGACCAGUGUGACUUUUCUGCUGCACAAAGAGCUGCCUUGGACUAUCAUCUAGCAAAACAUUCUGGUAAAAAAUCCUACAUAUGUGGGGAGUGUGGAUACAGGGCAAUUAAACAGUACCACUUAUCCCAACAUAUGAGGACCCAUACAGGAGAAAAACCCUACAAGUGUGACCAGUGUGACUAUUCUGCUGCACGGAAAAACAAUUUGGGCCGUCAUCUUUCAAAACACACCGGUGAGAAACCCUACAUGUGUGGGGAAUGUGGGUACAGGGCAACUCGAAAGCACCACUUAUCCAGGCAUAUGAGAAUCCAUACAGGAGAAAGACCCUACAAGUGUGACCAGUGUGACUAUUCUGCAGCACUGAAAACCAGUCUGCAAGUCCAUCGUGUAAAACACACCGGUAAGAAACCUUACAAGUGUGGGCAGUGUGGGUACAGGGCAACUCAAAAGCAACACCUAUCCCGACACAUGAGAGCCCAUACAGGAGAAAAACCCUACAAAUGUGACCAGUGUGACUAUUCCGCAGCAAAUAAGUCCAGCUUGGAUGCCCAUCUAGUAAAACACACCAGAGAAAAACCCUACAAGUGUGACCAGUGUGACUAUUCUGCAGCACAGAAAGCUAUCUUCGACCAACAUCGAGCAACACACACCGGUAAGAAACCAUACAUAUGCAGGAAUUGUGGAUACGGGACAGCUAACAGGUCUCACCUAUCCCAACAUAUGAGAAUCCAUACAGGAGAAAGACCCUACAAGUGUGACCAGUGUGACUAUUCUGCAGCACAGAAAGUUACAUUGAACAAACAUCUCACAACACACACUACUGCGAAACCCUACAUGUGUGGGGAGUGUGAGUACAGGACAGCUGUGAGGUAUACACUUACGCGACAUAUGAGAACCCAUACAGUGAGAUACAAGUGUGACCAGUGUAGCUAUUCUGCAGCAUCUAAGUUUGCCCUAACUCGACAUAUGAGAAUUCACAUGUUUGCAAAAACUUGUAGUACUUGUAACAUUUAGUACACAUAGUUUCUCAACUAUAGUUGUAAUAGAAUAAAACACAUUAUCCAAAACAUUUAGGGUAAAUAUCAUGAAACAAUUGAUAGUUUUCGCAACCAAAGGAAGGUUUUUGAAAGAAAUGUCAUACUCUUGCUUUUGUCCACUGCAUUUCUAGUCACUUUGUAGAUUAUGGCUCAGUAAGAAGAACAAUGCAUAUCCAGCGUAUUGCAUAUCAGCUGUUUUGGACAGUGAUGAAUUUUGAGCUAUCUACAGUAAACCCGAUUGUACUUAUUGGAUAAUGUAUAUAUACAUAAUUAUUGUUCCGUUUGUACUUGUAUGAAUGUACCAACUUAGAUUUGUUAUUGUUUACUUUGAUGAAGUUUUGCAUAUGUACCCUACAAGCAAUUCUAUAUUUUGACUUAUAUUAAGGUUAACUCAAGCUAGCAUUUGUUUCGAUUUACUGUUGUAUGUUCUCUAAACUCAAUUAUAUCUUUUGACUAAUA